AUGGAAAUUCCGAGGGUUUUAAACAUGCAAGGAAGGAAUUUCAAUUUAAUGCUUAAAUUACAAAACAAAAUUUUCCUGACUCAAAUCAUCCUAACAACUGAACAACUGUUCAGCAGACAAGAAAAUUCUUUGUCGAAAACUUUCAACAAUACGAAAGAAGCGCAACUAGCGGAAGAUUUUCAUUACCAACAGGAGAGCAAGAAGAAAAAAUAUUUAAAUGAAAGGAAACGAUGUUUUCUUACUAUUAAAGCUAUUGAAUGGAAAAAAAACUUUUCGCAAACAAAUUCCAAAGCUUGUUUUACCAUAACAAUGCUUUAA